AAAAUACGUAUUUUCCCGUACAUUCACCGUGACACAAAUUAUAUUUCGAAAGAAUGUGCUCAAAAUUAAUUAUAUGAUCAAAACGUUAGUUUGACGCAAUCUUGCCAAACUUUUGAAAUGUAAUUUGUUACAAUGAAACAUAAUGAUAUGGCAAUGUCUGAUUCUUCCGAAAUACUGCGCCACCCUAAUGUAACUGUGAUGUUCUGAAUCACCGCAAACAUAUAAAAAACUGUGUCGGGAUAACUCUUCCAGUCAAACAUUCAGUGCUAGCCGUGAAAGUGGCAUCGUUUGAACACUUACUCAAAAUGAAAGAAAUUGUGACAUUGCUGCUUCUCAUCGCUACAUUUGGAAGAAUAAAACCGUUCGCUGUGCAACCAAGUGUAUACCAGCAAAAUGCAGUUGAUAUAAGUUAUUUCCAUUGGCCCGCUGGUGCUGCUUUAAUGGGAAACAUUCCAGAUAAAGAAUCGUUGUAUUUUAUAGAUAUUGAGGUGGACAUACUCCCACAAAAUUUCACUGAUCAAUUCCAGAAAUGCAUUCAUACCCAUUUUUAUGGUGGAAGCGUUAAAACAAUUCACAUAAGCCCUAAAUUAUCGCAAAUUGAGUUGAAUUUCACAUCUACGGAACAUGUCAUCAUUGAGCAUGGGAAGUACUACCAGCUGGAAAGCUUUAAGUGUAGCCACGCCAAAUUGACACGUAUUCCAGAGAACAUUAGUCAAUUGAAAAAAAUGAAACGUUUAGAACUUAAUGAUAAUCAAAUACAAACAGUUUUACUUGACCAACUUAAUGGUUUGGACAAUUUGGAAACUCUUGAUCUAUUUUCUAAUAAAAUAAAACACAUUUACAAUCAUGGAUCGGUGAGUUUGCCAUCGCUCACUAGCUUGAGUCUUGAACACAAUCGAUUGAAACAUAUUGACGUAUGUAGUUGGAACAUGACUUCACUGUUCGACCUUAAUCUAGUUGAUAAUGAGUUGACACAUUUCGCAAUCAACCAUUUCCGGAAGCUAAAACGAUUAAACAUAACUGAAAACCCAUUGAACUGUGCUUGGGCACAUAGUUUACUAAAAGGCAGAACAGAUUUAACAGUUCAGCGUGGGUUCACUUGCGACAGAAAAAGCGAGAGUGUCUAUGGAUUGGAUUGUCCAUCGACGGUUGAUCAGUUGCGGCAGCAGAUAUCCACUCAAAUUGCAGAGAAAUCUCAGACAAUCGAUCAUUUGAAACAGCAAAAUUCCAAAUUCAGGACCAGGUUAGACCAAAUUGAACGAAAAGUUUUAAACAAAGAUUUGAGCAACAGAGUGCAAAAACUUGAAACCGCAAUGAACAAAAGAUUUCAAAAGGUGGAGGCGCUGCUGGAAAAUCUUAACUCCAAGACAGCCGAUCAUUUGAAGCAGCAGAUUUCCACUUUCGACUCCAGGUUAGCCCAGAUUGAAGGCACUGCGUUGAACAACAGCCAACAAAUUGCCGAAAUCAACAAUACAUUACAAAAGAUGGAGCAACUGCUGGUACAUGUUAGUAAACAGGUCGUUGAACAGCAUAAUGUUUCAAAUGACAUUAUUGAGGCCAUUUAUAGAGCUGAAAUUGAGAGAACAUAUAGUACCAAUAAAAGUCCAUGAUCCUUGCGAUUAAUAAGUAUUCAUGUUUGGAUUUUAUUUGUCAGUUUUGUCCUACACGCAGAAAAAUAAAUAGUAAACACAAUUGAAUUCUAGUUCAAAUCAACCGAUUUUGCAGUUUGCUAUAGCGACAAACUGAUUUCUAGUUCAAACUAAACUGUUCCAUUGUUUGAUAAUACAAAUAUUUUCAUUUGCCGAAAUUUUCGACAGUUUGUUAGAACAAACAGAAAUUUUGUAGUUGCAACAUAAAAAAAUAUAUUGUUUUAAACGACUGCACUUUUGCCAUUAACAAAGCCGGAAAGGUGACGGCAGCUCGGAAAUCUAUUUUUAGACACUCGGCAAGCGGAUGGAAGCGAGAACGAAUAAAAAAGGCAAAAAAUCCAAACCGAUCAACUUUUUCUGGAUGGUGUCUUGAGUGCCUGCGCGUUAUCCACCACGGUCAAAACUGCACUUGGAAGUUGGAGUGAUGGAUUUGCUAUACUUUCUUCGUUGUGGCGAUGUUAGGGUAAAAAUUUUAAAGAUGUGUGAGUGCUUCCCGGCCAUGUUUAUGGUCCCCAUUUUGUUGAAACAAAUGAAGAUUUUAACGUUGAAUGGAAUGAUAGGAAUUGAUUGUUUUGAUCGAUAAACUCUAAGUAAGAAUAAAGAAAUAUAACUUUGGAAUAAGUAAAUGCUUAGUUUGAAAAUCAACCAUGUGUUUUAUUGUUUUAAACAGGUCUCAUUUUUCUGCGUGUAAGAUGUCGUUAGAAAUCGUAAAUUUAGUUUACAAAUAAAUGUUGUGCAGAAGAA